GAGCCUGGGGCGGUUUAGGGACUCAGUCACCAGCCAGCGGAUGUCUGCCGCUAGCGUCCCUGCAGAUGCGGGACCGGCGGGCGGAACCCUCGGGGCGGGGCGCACAUUUGACCCCGGAAAACCGCCGGGGACGGCCCACGCUGUGGACCGGAUGGCCACCGCGGGAGACGCAGACCGAGCCGCUGGCCCACGCGGAGCCGCUGCUCGCUCCUUGUGGGACGGAUGGCUCCAGCAGGGACAAGUUGCUUCCUGAAGGAUCCGUGUGUACUGUUCAAAACACAAUCAGAAAAGCGUCCACAGCUAGAUGGCCCACAUCUUCGUGUAUGGCACCCUGAAACGAGGCCAGCCCAACCACAAAGUCAUGCUGGACCAGUCACAUGGCUCAGCAGCCUUCCGAGGCCAGGGCUGCACAGUUGAGUCCUUCCCACUGGUGAUUGCUGGCAAGCACAACAUACCAUGGCUGCUUCACCUGCCAGGCAAGGGCCACUGUGUGGCAGGUGAGAUCUACAAGGUAGAUGAACAGAUGUUGCGUUUCCUGGAUGACUUUGAAGACUGCCCCAACAUGUACCAGCGCACAGCCCUGCAGGUGCGGGUGCUUGAGUGGGAGGGUGCUGGUGGCCCUGGGGACAGCCUCCAGUGCUUCGUGUACAGUACGGCCACCUACGCACCUGAGUGGCUACAUCUCCCCUACCAUAAAAGCUAUGAUUCCGAAGGCCCACAUGGGCUACGCUACAACCCUCGGGAAAACAGGUGAGGGGCUAGUGCCCCGGAUGCUAACAGGAUGGAAGGAGCCCAGUGGCUGCCUGGCAUAAGCUGAGCUUUCCUGGCUUAACAUCUGUCUAUAAAACAUGUUGACAAAAGGUCUCUUGACACAAUUUUGCACAUGCUCUGAUGUUACUUACUAGUGCUUGCUAUUCAAGGAGCUCCUGGGUUUGCAGGUACUAGAUGAGAAACACUCUGAAGUCCCCUAAAUGCCAGUUACAGAGCAUCUGGUACUCCUUUUUUGAUUUGCUUUGCUCUAACCUUAAGUCGGCAUCUUCUGUGACUAAAGACCUGGCUGCAGUUAGAUCUCAGAAGCUGAAUGUACUGAUUCCCACAUAUGAAAUCUAGAAAGAAGUGGUGGGGGCCGGGCGGUGGUGGUGCACACCUUUAAUCCCAGCACUCAGGAGGCAGAGCCAGGUGGAUCUCUGUGAGUUCAAGGCUAGCCUGGUCUACAAAACGAGAUCCAGGAUGGGCACCAAAACUACACAGAGAAACCCUGCCUCAAAAAAGGAAAAAAAAAAAAUUGGUGGGAAAUGCUGGUUUGGGGUGGCUCAAUGGAAACCACCUUCAAGAAAAGCAUGCUGCACCUAGACUAUGUACUCCAUCACUCUUCCAGUUUCCAGAUCACACACAAACUAUUAAAACAGCCAUUAAAAUAUAAGUAUACUGUUGCUGUUUGGUCUUUUUGAUGUACUUACUUGGUAGAAGGUGUUUUUUCAUUCUAAUUCAGCAAAGUCAGGAGCAGUGGCUCGCUGGGAGACAGCUGAGAUCUCAGACUUUGUCGUUGAUGGGUGCCCAGCUCUCAGCAGCCUAACCCAUAUCUGCCACCUGAAGGUACAGCCCUUGGGGGUAGGCCUUUCAGAAGAACCAACACAUUAGUAAUUUGUUCCUCGGGCCUGACAGAAGGCUUUGCUUCCAAAUACAAACAGCACUUAAAAUAAUGUUAGGAAGACACGAAGUACCAAUUACCAUCCACCUCCAUCUGAUAAUCUGUCAGCGUAGAUGCAAGUCGAACAUGAUUCUGCUUCUGCCUCCUAGUAAAGUAGAAAAUGGAUUCCAAGAAUUGCAGCCCCAAAUGCAGCUGCUGGCUGAGCACCCUGGUACUCCACUAAGAGCUCACUCACUCUUCAACAUAAUGGUGGACUGAUCACUAACUGCUACUGGCACAGAAACACAACUUAUUUUUAGCCCCUUUUUCUUAAUUGGAAACUUGCUUCACAAAACAAAGGCAAAGAUGGGUAUUGGCUGAUGGGAUGGCUGUCCUACACACAACAGUGAAGGUGAGGACUCCUGGCCAUGGGGAGAGAGGAAAGGGACCUGGACAGCAUGCUUGUCGUUGGAUCAGUGAAGGUAGCACCCUGUGUCAGUCUACAGACCCCCAAAUGGUGAUCCAUCUCUUCCGUCAUCCCGUGUGACUUCUGUGUGGACCCACACAGAAGGAGUCAUCCAGACCCUUCAUCUCUGCUACCUGGUCUGAGGAAUUCAUGAAUAAUGAGCCCUAGGAAUCUGUCCUGAAUGAUGGAAGAAGGAAGGUAAUCAGAUUAUAAAGUUGGAAGCAGAACUGGAAUUUAUAUAAAUUUUUAAAGGAUCAUAAGGAAAUGCUAGUAUUUACAGUCAAUUGGCACAGCCUGUCGCCUCUGUGUAUAUUGUCUUCAUUCAGAAAAAAAGGGCAAACUAAUAUUUAGACAAGUGCUUGGUUUUAUUGAUUUAAUUUUGACACUAGGAAAUCUCAGCAGAAGUACAAAUCAUAUGUACAAGUAUUUAUAUCAAUAAAAAUUUCCAUUGGUGAUUUUUUUGGCAGAAUGUCAGUUUUGCCUCUUCUAAGGAAUAAAUAUGAUGCUGUAGAACCUGCUGCACAGGAGUGCUCCUGUAAAUGCUUGAACAAAUUGAGGGUUAGAGAAUAAUAGAAAUGCUAAUUAAAGCACUGAUGACUGAAAGGCUCGAAAUACUUCAUUCCAGCUCCACGAGCAGAUCUCCUUCGCCAACUGUGUCUCCAGCUUUGCAAUGCACCGACUUCACCUUGAAUUAAAAUGGUCGGGGAAGAGUGAGAAACAAGUGGGAACAAGAGGGCCAGCCAUCCCAAUUUCUUUUGAGAAGUAAGGGCCUUAGGCCCGAAAACGUAGACCAUCUGCUCACAUCUGUCUGUGUAAGGGAACCAGAGUGCAGGGGUAUUCCUACAGAAGCCUGUGCUUAACUCCUCAGCCUGUCACCCAGCCCAAUUAAAUUCUCAGAGAAUGCAGGCUGUGGACUGCUCCCAGGCCCCUGAUAUGUCCAUGCUGGUGACUGACACAUUCCAUCCCUGCCUCAUCCUAUGGUUUUGAGACUAGAAUGUGUAUUUAGUGUCAUGGUAAAAACCAAACAGCUACACAACAAUCCAAACAGGUACCAAUAGAAAGGAGAGAUCUUUUAGCCUGACCAUUUCCCUCCUUUUGAAAUAAUUAAUUCAAUACCCUACUACAGUUGAGUGGCACAGAAUGUGGAACUGUUUUA